CACUUUUAAUUGUUGUUGUUAUUGUUCUGUGGCCGGUUAUCCCAAAGGGAGUACUUGGGUGAUCCAGAGGCUUAAACGGAAGAAAGGAGGGAGGGAUGGUGUAGGAGAGGGAGGUUGGAGAGGGAGAGGUGACGGAUUUUGAUUCUCUUUGAACAGGUGGCCAUGGCCUCACUGCCCACUCGGGGCCCCGGGAUCCUUGACUUAUUCUCCCGGCUACCCCCGGAGGCCGCUACCCCAGCCAACCGGAGCUCCGAGGGCAACGGGACAGUGGCGGUGCCAGACGCUCAGGCCGUCACGCCCUUCCAGAACCUACAGCUGGUACAUCAGCUGAAGGGGCUUAUCGUGCUGCUCUACAGCAUCGUGGUGGUUGUGGGGCUGGUGGGCAACUGCCUGCUGGUGCUGGUGAUCGCACGAGUGCGGCGGCUGCACAACGUGACCAACUUCCUCAUUGGCAACCUGGCCUUGUCCGACGUGCUCAUGUGCGCCGCUUGCGUGCCUCUUACGCUGGCCUACGCCUUCGAGCCACGAGGCUGGGUGUUUGGUGGCGGUCUGUGCCACCUGGUCUUCUUCCUGCAGCCCGUCACCGUCUACGUAUCGGUGUUCACGCUCACCACCAUCGCCGUGGACCGCUACGUCGUGCUGGUGCACCCGCUGCGCCGGCGCAUCUCUCUGCGCCUCAGCGCCUACGCGGUCCUGGCCAUCUGGGCGCUGUCCGCGGUGCUGGCUCUGCCCGCCGCCGUGCACACCUACCAUGUCGAGCUGAAGCCGCACGGCGUGAGCCUCUGCGAGGAGUUCUGGGGGCCCCAGGAGCGCCAGCGCCAGCUCUACGCCUGGGGGCUGCUGCUUGGCACCUACCUGCUCCCCCUGCUGGUCAUCCUCGUGUCUUAUGUGCGGGUGUCGGUGAAGCUCCGGAACCGCGUGGUGCCCGGCUCCGUGACUCAGAGCCAGGCCGACUGGGACCGCGCGCGGCGCCGCCGCACUUUCUGCCUGCUGGUGGUGGUCGUGGUGGUGUUCGCCGUCUGCUGGCUGCCGCUGCACGUCUUCAACCUGCUGCGGGACCUUGACCCGCACGCCAUCGACCCCUACUCCUUCGGGCUGGUGCAGCUGCUGUGCCACUGGCUCGCCAUGAGCUCCGCCUGCUACAACCCCUUCAUCUACGCCUGGCUGCAUGACAGCUUCCGCGAGGAGCUGCGCAAGCUCUUGCUUGCCUGGCCUCGCAAGAUCGCGCCGCAUGGCCAGAGUAUGACCGUCAGCGUGGUCAUCUAA